AUGAUGGCAUCAACUGCUUUAGUUUAUAUGAUGACACCUGCAUUGGCAUUUUUCUAUGGUGGUUUAGUUGAAAAUAAAAAUAUAUUAAAUCAAUUAUUUUUAUCAUUUAUUUGUAUGGCCAUUGUAACUGUUCAAUGGUGUUUAUUCGGAUUUAGCUUUGCAUUUGGACCUGGAAAUAACGCGUUCGGAUCAUUUCAAUUUGGUGCACUUCGAUUUCCAUAUCAAAAUUCAUCAGAUCCUACACUUUUCUUUGGCGAAGGAGUUGAUAGUUUGAAUUCUCCCACAUUUCCCAUACUUACAUUUGCUGCUUAUCAAGCGGCAUUUGCUGUUGUAACCCCGGCGUUAAUUAGCGGGGCUGUUGUUGGACGAAUGAAAUUAUUACCCUACAUGUUAUUUAUUUUUCUUUGGUCAACCUUUUGUUAUGAUCCAUUAGCACGAUGGGUAUUUUCAAAUCAAGGUUGGCUACAUCAGUAUGGUUCAUUAGAUUUUGCAGGUGGAACAGUUGUUCAUAUAUCAAGUGGUGUAUCAGGCUUUGUUUCAGCUAUUAUUCUUGGUAAACGUCAUGAUUAUGAUCCCAAAGUCGAUAUGGUUGGGCACAAUAUACCAUUUACUGUUCUUGGUGCCGGUUUGUUGUGGAUCGGAUGGAUUGGGUUUAAUGGUGGAAGUGCAUUGGCUGCUAAUGGAAUUGCGGCUUUGGCAAUGACUAAUACAAAUACAGCAGCUGCAUCAGCUCUCCUUACAUGGGUAUUGAUGGAUGCCAUACGAGGAACAAUAUCAGUUUCAGGUGGAUGCUCUGCCGUAGUGGUCGGCCUGGUUGUUGUAACGCCGGCAGCUGGUUUCGUCCAACCCGGUUGGGCACUGUUACUAGGAAUUAUCGGUGCUAUCAUCGUUUAUUGGACACUACAAUUUAAAAAACGUUACUUACAUGUAGACGAUACUUUGGAUACAUUUACAUGUUUUUGCACAUUAGAAAAAGUCGUUCUGUUCGAUUGUUUUAAGCCGGCAGCUGGUUUCGUCCAACCCGGUUGGGCACUGUUACUAGGAAUUAUCGGUGCUAUCAUCGUUUAUUGGACACUACAAUUUAAAAAACGUUACUUACAUGUAGACGAUACUUUGGAUACAUUUACAUGUCAUGGAGUAGGUGGUAUCGUUGGUGCAUUUUGUACAGGACUUUUCUGUCAAACUGAUGUAAACUCAUCUGGAGCAAAUGGUGCUUUUUAUGGCAAUCCAAUUCAGCUAUGGCGACAAAUAGCUGCUAUUCUUGUUGCAUUUGGAUUUUGUGCGGCUUGUACAGCGGCAAUACUUUUACCAAUGCAUUUUACAUUUGGAAUUAAAUUAACAACUGAAGAUCAAGCACUUGGAAUGGAUGGAGUCCUUCACGGUGAAAGUUGGAAUAAUAAUAAUGGUACUGCCAGCAGGUCAGGUAAACAGCAGCUGGAGCAGCAGCGCCGGCAGUCAGAAGUUGUUGAACUACCAACAAAAACACAGGAUGAUCAUACAGUACCAACACAGAAACGUAGUAGUACAUUGGAAGUAUUACAUGAUGCAUUUGUUUAA